AGAAGAAGGGCACAUGCUGUACAAAUGCAUGUUUAAAAGGCUCCUCCGUACUUCUUAAGCUCCUGGCUGAGGAAGGGCACAAGGAUCUGCGAUGGAUGAACAUAAAAACUACAACACCGUAUCAGCUGCAGCAAAGAGGACAGAGAAACAGAAGCAGCUGAAGGAGACACAGAAGACGCUCCAGCAGAGAAUCCAGCAGAGAGAGAAAGAUCUUCAUCAGCUGAGAGAGACUGUGGAGUCUCAUAAGCGCUCUGCACAGACAGCAGUGGAGGACAGUGAGAGGAUCUUUACUGAGCUCAUCCGCUCCAUUGAGAGAAGCCGCUCUGAGCUGAUACGACUGAUCAGAGAUCAGGAAAAGACUGCAGUGAGUCGAGCUGAAGAACGACUGGAGCAACUGGAGCAGGAGAUCAAUGAUCUGAUGAGGAGAGACGCUGAGCUGGAGCAGCUUUCACACACACAGGAUCACAUCCAGUUCCUGCAGAGUUUCCAGUCUCUCUCAGCACCUCCUGAAUCUACAGAUGUAAAUGAUGAUCUCUUCAGUUCUCUUUUCUCUUUUGAUGUCCUGAGACGUUCUGUCCGUCAUCUGAGAGACAAACUGGAAGAUUUCUGCAAACAGGAGCUCAAGGAGAUCACAGACAGAGUUAUAAUCACCAACAUUGAUCUCUGGACCAGGAACGACUUCCUACAAUAUUCCCAUCAGCUCACUCUGGAUCUGAACACAGUGAAUAAACGCCUCCAUCUGUCUGAGAACAACAGAGUGAUUACUGGCACUAACACAGUCCAGUCUUAUCCUGAUCAUACAGACAGAUUUGAGUGUUUUCCUCAGGUGUUGUGUAGAGAGAGUGUGUGUGGACGCUGUUACUGGGAGAUUGAGUGGAGUGGAGAUGUGCGUAUAUCAGUGUCAUAUAAGAGCAUCAGCAGGAAGGAAUUGAGUAUUAAGUGUCAGCUUGGAUUGAAUGGACAGUCCUGGAGUUUGUUCUGCUCUCCCUACAGUUACACGUUCAUGCACCAUAACAAGAAGUCUGAACUCCCUGUAAAAUCCAUCAGCAGGAGAAUAGGAGUGUUUGUUGAUGACCGUGAAGGAAUUCUGUCCUUCUACAGCAUCUCUGACACAAUGAGCCUCAUUUACACAGACGAGACUGGAUCCACUGAGCCGCUCUAUCCUGGAUUUUGGGUUAGUUUUGGAUCAUCCGUGAAAUUGUGUCGAUCAAUCAGAAUAGAUUGAGAGAUUCUACCCAUAGAGCUGUUAUAGCAUGUUUUCUCUUCUAUUAUGUUCUUUACGUCAAUACUGCAUUCUUUCACUGAAAUAACAUGUUUGAAUAAAUGUGUGUAAUGUAUUCUCAUAUAGACCGUAAGAUCAGUGUGUGUGAGUCUUGCUGAGUGCCCAUGUGUUUCUGUGCUGUUCUCAACCUCUGUUUUUGUUGUUGAAAUUUGUCAUUUAGAAUUGAAUGUAGUGUCACAUCAAUCAUUUCUGUCAAAAUUACCUUUAAAUUCAAAUGAUCUGUCAAUAAAUCAUUUUCAUUAUUCAC